GCUUAUGGUGAAGUUUGAUCACUUUCAGCUUACAAAACUAAGCAUGAACAUGUCAACUGGAAUAGGAGUGCCACCUCCGCUCUGCCAGGGCUUUCUGAAGAAACGGAAAGACAAAAUGAGGCUUCGGUGGGUGACAUACUGGUUCAGACUUUACAACACAACACUUUUUUUCUACACUAAAAAACAUGGGAGUGCUUUAGACCUCAGAGGACAAUAUUACAUAUAUGAGGUUCAGUCUGUGCGGGAGGUGAACAGAUCGGAGAACAAUCGCUAUCUAUUUGAGAUCACAAUGAAAAAUGGGAAGAAGAAAAUGUUGGCUGCAGAUACAGCCGAUGUCAGGCAGGAGUGGAUGGACCAGCUCUGGAAAGCCAUGCUGCUCAACGGGCCUGACAGAACUGGAUCUGUCUCCAAUGGGUACCGCUGCACUUUACGACGCAUCAUGUCAGAGGUUGUAUUUGAGAUUUAUAACACGAUGAAUGUGUUGUGUGUGUUAUUGAGAUUAGGGAGCUGGUGCCAGAUAACAACCUUGAAACUCAGUCUAGCUGGUUUGAAGAAUCAAAUACUGAGACUGGCAGCACAUCAAUGGACAGCAGAUGUCUCUCCAUUGGUCAAGAAUCAUUCCAGUCCUUCACUGAUGCUAAUGAGACACAAGAAAGUCUGCAUACAGACAAUGAAAUGGAGCAAAGUACUGAGGAGUUUAUACUGACUGACUAUGAAUAUGACGUUCUACCAUCUCGAAAACUUCCUGAAGAAGCUAUCUAUGACACUCCCCCUUCCACGUGGUCAACCAAUAAAGGCGAGCAUGAGGUGACUGAAAGCAUCUAUGAUGUCCCAAACUCCUUGAUUAGGAAACUGACUGAACAUACAAUUGAAUCUCACAGCAGUAGUGAGAGUCCUGAGAGCGGUGGUCUUUUGAAUGACAUGAUAGCCUGUUUGGACAGUGAAUCUGCUGCCUGGGUCAAAACUGCUCCUCUGUGAACCUUCAUUGGUCAUUUUGAGACUGAGAUGAUAAAUGUUUGUUCAUGAUAAAUCCAAAUCAUGAUAAAACCAAAUUGCUAUCACUGAUGUAGACCAAUGACAUUUAAAACUGUCUAUAAUAAUCUGUCGUUAUUCAAAAUAAAUGUUAUUUCUUAAAUAAAUGUUUUAUCAAACAAGCUAACCUUUAAUAGAUUGAUAGAAUGUUUCAACCCUUUGUGUCACAGUUUUACAAGACAAGUCUAUUUACAGGAUAGGAAUUUUUUUCUUUUUUUUUGGAAAGAUUUCUUUUUCUAACAUGAAUUUGCCUAGUUUCUCUAAUUAUUCAUGGGCUUAAACUUGUUCAAAAGCUGACAGGUUUCCCUGUUACACUUACAGUUCAGUUUACAAAAAUGCAAAUAUUUUCAUGUCUUUUUUUUCUGGUUACAUAAUCAGUGGAUAAAUGCCAUUGUCUCUCAUUUUGUUCAAUUUUACUUUUUUUUUUUUUUUUUUUUUUUUAAAUCACUACUGUGAAAUUUUAUUUAAUUGAAAAAAUAAAAACAAUUUCCCCUGCCCCCAGUGCUGUCCCAAUGGUACAGCCCACCACAUAAAUUGCAAGACAUCAAGAUGUCAUUUAUUCAAAUAAUCAUUUCUAAAGUUACAAUUUAUUACAAAUAAAGUUAAAUGAGAGUUGAGAAAAUAAUUUUCCAUUGCAGAAUGGAAAUUAGAUGAAACACGAGAAACUAAAAAUGAUGAGUCACCCAUGUUCAUGUGUUUCUUUUCUUCACCUUUAUACCAAAGUCCAAGUCUUUAGUUUGUACCCAAACAGGUUGAGCUUCUCUCAGUACUUUACAAGAGAGAAUGGGUUACUUAAACCAUAUACAUUUGCGUGUGGGAGACGUUGCAGAGCUGCAGAACAUAGUCUGUGUGUUCAUUUGCACUUGUGUGUUCAGUCCACUCCCUCGGGUAACGCCCAAAGCAGGAUUUACACACGCUGAGUCACACGCACCUUUCUCAACGAAUGCUCUUCAAAUAAAAAAUAUUUCAGCAUCCAUGGCACAAAAAACACUUUGAAACACGCUCCUUAAAUAUUCCCUACAGAAUGGACUACAGUUCUAUACCAUGUUCAGACUGGAAUGAAAACCAUGUUAGCUCAUGGUUACAGGUUAUUGGGAUUAAACCAGAGCACAUUCAAAAACUUGAGAAAGAAGAGGUAACAGGACCUGUUCUUCUACACGUUACAAAAUCAUACUUAAAAGAACUUGGUUUUGGAGGUGGCCAAAUACAGCUUUUGCUGAGUAAAAGAGAUGAACUUUUACCACCAGACAAGUCAAAAAUAAAUAAAAAGAAACCUUGUUUUGAUGGAGAACACAGAGAAGAAGCAAAACAUGAAGCUGUGUCUUCCAGUGAUGACACUAGUCCUGAACAAAACUUUUCUACGAGUGAUAUUCUUGAAUCAACUGUGUGUUUGCCACAAAGUAGGUUUCGGAAAUUUAAUGAUAAUGAUGAACACUUCAGCUACAUAAAACAUGCCAUACUCCCACCAGAGACUGGAAUAGACAAUCUGAUCACUCCAUGUCAUGAGUAUAAAUCACUGGAAAAUGCCUGUAAAUUAGAACCAAGAAAGCUAAAGAUCAAAUUUGCCAAUGAAGUCAUUCGAUUUGCAUGUGCAUGCAUGAAUAUGCGUGCAAAUGGCACAAUCCACUUUGGAGUCAUGGACAAGACAAAAACAUCAUACAAACAUGGAGAGAUAAUUGGAAUUCCCAUUGAAGACAAAGAGGUCUUUGAAGAUGCUUUAGACUACAUUGAAAAUUGUUUUCUAACACAACACUCUGAUGCCAGAAAGUGUAUCAAGCCUCCAAAAUUCAUUCCAGUUGUUGACAAAGACAGUCAGUCCCAAAACUGGAUCGUAGAAGUAGAUGUAGUUCCCAUGGUGAAUGUUGUGAGGGGGAAACUGUAUAGUGCCCGUAUUCCAAAGUUCAACGAGAAAGCAAAUAAAGCUGAAUAUGAGCAAAAAGCUUAUUAUCAAAGAGUCGGACCUAAUACACCACGUGUUACUGAAGAUGAACUUGUCAGUUUCAUUCAAGCUCUUAAAGACCUUGACCAAAAAAGAGAAUAUGAAGAAAACAACCAGAAUCAGAUACAGGCUCAUGCUAAAGAGGACUUAGGAAGAAAACUUAUAGUGCUUCUGACACAAGGGAAGAAAUACAUGGACAAAACAUUGCGUUACAUUGUUGUUUCAAACAGAUUUGAUCAAGAAAACAUCAAGUUCCUUGCCCACAUGAAUAUCUUUUCUGUUUUUGAUUAUGACCCUGACUCCAAAUUAUCUGGACUUUGUCACAAUUACCAAGAGCACCAUGCUGUAAACCUUCACUUCCUGCGUGAUUAUGAUCAUAGGGAGAACACUGCUGACUUUGUCAAGAAGUUACAGCUCUAUGACAGAACAAGCUGGAUAUUCUGCAAUGGUCGAAAUGAUUACAUUGGAGGUGAGCGUCCAUGUGAUGAAAAAACCUGGAUCAAAAACAAGAAGAAACUGUUGAAAAGAGCUAUAUCUGUGAUCUGCAAUGAAAUUCUCCCUAAAAGGUCAUUUGUGGUGGUUUUCUUUCUCACGUCUGACAUUGAACAACCCAUUGUUGACACAUUUCAUGAAUUCUAUGCAGAAAUGAGUGGCCAUGAAGACAUAGUCAUAAUCUCAGAAUCAAGGGAGAAUUAUAAGAAAUGGUCAAGUCUUGCCCAAGUGUCUUGCUCGAUGGAUGUGCUUGAACAAAUCAGUAUUGUUGGUAUGCCAAUGAGUCAUGUAGAUGCUACAGUUCAAAGCGUUCAGCUCACCAGUCUUCAGGCCACAAGGCGUUUGCCCGUGUCAAACAAUGGAAUAUGCUUUAUAAAACCUGUGGAUGAAGGUAAUAUGCUCUCCUUAGAAGUAGUCAGUGUUGACCAGUGUGAUGAAACAAAUGUAAAUGUCAUGGAACAAAAGCAAAUACAGAAAACUGAACAAUACUUCUAUAAAGGAGGGAAAAUUGACUGGAUGAAUUUAUGGCUGGCUGACAGAAAUCAAUGUGGGGAAGUCAUCAAACGUGAUGCAUACGCAGAAAUUAACAAAAUGUUGGAAGAUCUUGAGCGGGCCAAUUCAUUAAAACGGUCCAUUGAAAACAUCAACAUAUAUCAUCAACCUGGUAGUGGUGGAAGCACGGUGGCACGACAGAUCCUCUGGAACUGGAGGAAAAAAAUGCGAUGUGCUGUUGUUAAGCAAUCGUACCAGGCUGCAACUGUCUGUGAACAUGCAGUACAGCUUUGGAAAUACGAGGAGGUUGACAAGAAUGCCUGUUUACCUGUACUUCUGUUGCUGGAGGACUGCAAUGCAGACUAUCAGGAUGACCUCAGACGAGAAUUAAGCAAUGCAGUCACAACAAUGAAAAUAAGUCCAUCGAAACUUUGUUUCAUCAUUCUCUGUUGUAAAAGGUCUCUUGAUCCAGAAAGGAUGUGCAAAGCAUUGCCUUUAUGCACAGUCGGAGUUACACACAAACUGUCGCCAGCAGAAAAGACACUCUUCUCAAAGAAAGCAGAGAGUCUUAAGCUGAAGUUUAAACCAGAGUUUAUACUCACUUUUGUGCUCAUGAGUGAAGAGUUUGAACAGUCUUACAUCAAAGAUUUUGUUGAAAACUUGCUGAAGGAAAUUAAUCAUUCAUGUCUUCAGACACAGUUGAUCAAAUUUGUGGCACUUCUGAACAGCCAUAUUGAGAAUUCCUACCUGUCUGUAUCACAUUGUGAGGCAUUCUUAGGUUUAGGAAUCUACAUGGGCAAAUUGGAUGAAAUGGCCAAACGUCCAGUGUCCGAAUGGGCUGAUGAAGUUCGACACCAAACAUUUGAAAAUUCCUUAAGUGAGCAAGCCAGGUUUUUUUUCAUACAGCUGAAAUCUAGCGAGACACACAUCUCCUCUGUAAGAAUAAUUCAUAAUUUGAUAGCCAAGGAGAUUCUGAAGCAGCUCCCCAACAAUCAGAGCCAAAGUGAAAUAGCAAUGAGUCUCCUAAAGGAUAAAGUGCUGUUCGACCACAGAUUUGGAAGGGAUGACUUUAGAAAGUUUGUCAGAGAUCUGUUUAUCAAACGGACCAAAAAAAGCAAGGGAGAUCCAAACGACAGCUGGUUUUCUCCUUUAAUAGAGCAUGUUAGGGAAAAAGAAGAUCUGGAGAAAGCCAUUGACCUUUUAGAGGUAGCUUACACUCGUUUUGAUGAGGAUGCAUUUGUUGCUCAACAGCUUGCGCGACUACUUUAUGAGCAGAAACGUUUUGAUGAAGCAGAGAUUUGGGCUAAAAGAGCCAAGUCUCGUCUCCCACAGCACACAUAUAUACUUGACACACUGGGACAAGUUUACAAAAAGUGGUUCUAUAGAAAACAUGAUGCCAUAUCCGUGAAAGACUCGAUUCAUCCAGAGGAUGUCACUGACAUCAUCGAUACUGCUCUGAAAGGAAUCACAGCUUUUAGAGAAUCCGAAAAAUGCCCCCAGUCACAGACCGUCUGCUUGAACAAUUCAUAUUUUGGAGAAGUUGAUAUUGGAUGUCGAUUGCUUGAGCUCCUUUUAAAUGUUGACAUUUUUGCUACCAAAGAGGGAAGGAGGGAUUUGAUGGAUUACCUGCUCACUGACUACAUACCGAAGGAAGUACAGAAACCGUGGCAGAAGUUUCAUGGACUUUUAAAAGGAAUGAAAAACAGCAUUAGAAAUGCCCUGGAAUGUAUUUCUGACGAUCUUGCUCGCUUUCAGAAUUACAGUUCUGAGGAAGAGGAGGAGUUGGAUGAAGGAGAGCCUGAAAUGAUAAAUAAUCCAAGAAAAUGGCUCCUCAGGAAAAGUGCUGUGUAUGCCAAGUUAUUCUUUGUUGACACUCAAGAGGAUCAGGCUUCUGCUACAAACACAGUUUCCCCAUUAAUGAGACAAAUGAAAACUUUCCAACUCGGAGGUGGUAAUGUUACAACAAUUCUUUACCUGCUCUCUAAUAACAAUAAACAAAGAGCUGGAGCAAAGCUUGAGGAAAUAAUUAGCCUUUUCCCAGCUAACCUGAAGAAGGAUCUUGACCAGACGGAGCUCAUAAACUUCAUCUUCUGUCAGAUAGCGCUCUCCUGUGCUUUACCUGGCUCUGGAAAACUUCUUACCAUUGAAGAACUUCAAGAUCUCAGCAGGCGGUUUUGCAGUGAAAAGAGAACUGCCUUACCAGAUACUGCAUAUUUGCUCCUUUCACUCUUAUUUUGGCCGGAGGACUCUAUGGGCAAAGAGCCCUCCAAUACAAGAAGCGAUGUUGUCACGAAUGCAAUAAAAUCACUUCACAGAUAUUCUGAGUUUAAAUCCGCUGCCUCAAGAAAAGGAAGGAUUUUCACCCACUUCCUCCUUGGAAAAGCAAGGGGUCUCAAUAAAAUUGUGCACAAGACCACAAUUGAAAAAUUCUGCAAGGGUACCCUCAGUGAGAGACGCCUCAAGUGGCAAGGUGGUGAAGUGUGGACAAACCCAGACGUUGUAAAAGUGCUUCAACGGGUAACUGGAUACACUGACAAUGGAAAUCUGUUUGUUCGGGUAUCUGAUCAAAACAACAUCAGAGUCAUUCCACUUUUUUCUGCCUCCUUGCCAAAUUCAAAUGAGAAUGUGACCUUCUAUCUGGGGUUUUCUCUUCAUGGAGUAGUAGCUUUUGACAUCAAGGUGGCAGAGUGAAACCAUACCUGAAACUACAACUGAGAAUUUCACUAUAUACCAUGAAUUCAAAUCACUGUAAGGGAGCUGAAUGAUAUGAAUAUGUAUAGAAGAAUAUGGGAAUAUCUGGAUUUGUAUAUUAAUUCUGUGCUUUUUGACAUUUGUGUCUCUUACUGGUUUUAAGGGAAUAUUGUUGAAUAAUAAAAAAAUCUUUAUUUUUAAUUUUAUUUCAGGUGGAAAUGAAACAUUGCAGUGGUACUGUUGCUGUAUACAGUAAAUUAUGUUUUACAAUGUGAUUUUAUUUAUCCAUGCUAUCAUUUAAUCCUAUAUUUUUUCAAGGCGUGAUUUUCUUUUCACUUUCUUGGCAGAUAGAAAAAAUUAUAACUAACUUUAUAUACUUACAAGAUGCAUUGUUGUUAUUUAGUGAUAUUUCCUUGAAUUUGUGUCAGUAGGUAGAUGUUUAGGAAAAAAUAUAUAUAUAUUUUUUGGGUUGGUGACUCUCAGUGAAAUUCACUGUAUAUAUAAAUUUGUAUCACAUAAACUUUAGAAAUGGUUAUAGAAAUAUGCCUGAUAUUGCAUUACAAAACUGACAGAUCUGAGAUCAUAUUUACCAUGUUGAAGAACAGUAGUUCCAGUAUGCAAUUCUGUGCUGUCCUGUGAUACGUUAAACAUGUGUGGUAAUAAAUGAUUGUUCCCUCCAGCCAAGAAUCCUACUUAUUCUGUCCCGCUGAAGUCCUUUUAAAAUAACAAUGAUGUAACAUAACAUGCUACAACAAUCUAAAAAUGGCUCCUGUACCGACUAAUGCAAGUAUUUUUUUGUACAGCUUGUGAUUAUUUUCCCUGCCUACCCCAUGAGCUGUUUGAAGUGUAAGCAGUUAGAUAAAAAAGUAUUAAAACUACAGCUUUGCAU